GUAAAAGUUAAAUAUGAAGUGCACAAAUAUAAUAGAUUUAAGAUACCGUACUGAGUGUUUAUUUACAUAAAAACAGUGGUUCAUUCUCCCCUUCUCUGAACGGCGGUAAAGAUUCACGGACUGUGUUAACGAAGGGAAAUGUCGGCGGAAAAUCCCAACAUUGUUGAUGAUGACGACAGUCUGUCGUUGGUUGACGUACUUAACGAACAAGCACGUCUUCAAGCAGAUGCGUCAGCUGUUUUAGGUGACAGUGAUGAAAGUAACUGCACUUACGCAAAGGGAUACAUUCAGAGACAGGCUCUCUAUGCCUGUGCAACCUGUUCCUCAACAGAACCAGCAGGCAUAUGUCUAGCUUGCAGUUACCAGUGUCAUGAGGGACAUGAGCUGUAUGAGUUGUAUACUAAGCGUUUCUUCCGCUGUGACUGUGGAAAUAGCAAGUUUCCAGAGUCUUUGUGCAAACUUGAAAAGGCUAAAGAUCCUGUCAACAUACAGAACAAAUACAGCCAGAAUUUCCGUGGUGUGUAUUGCACUUGCGCUCGACCAUAUCCAGACCCUGAAGAUGAGAUAGAAGAUGAAAUGAUCCAGUGUGUCAUAUGCGAAGACUGGUUCCAUGGCAGGCACCUGAAUGCAACAGUGCCUGAAGAUUUCCAUGAAAUGAUCUGCACAUGUUGCAUGGACAAACAUAGUUUUUUGUGGGCUUACCAAGUUGACAGUCCUAUAACUGAGUUGAAAAAAGAAGAAGCAGACAUCAAAGUAGAGGUAGGGUUAGAGAGAAGAGAGCAAAUUUCCAGUGAAACAAGCUCAACCAUGUCAAAUGAUGUAACUGCCAACAUUUUUGAGAACACUUGUGUGUCUUCUGAAGAGGAAACAAAGAUAGAGGAAAGCGAGCCGAUGUCCAAACGAUUAAAGCGAGAAACACAGAGGGAAUCGGAACUUAAAAAAGAGAUUGAUGGGGAGAGUGAGUGUAUUCUGAAAGAUCUUCAGCAACAUCUGCUCUCUCCAAAACACUGUGGUACAUUUUGGGAACGGACACUGGAGACAAAGCUGUGCAGAUGUGCAGAAUGCAAGAAACUAUAUGAAGAAGAAGGUGUAAGCUUCCUGUUAGAUCCCAAAGACACAGUACAAGCUUAUGAGGAACGAGGAAAAAUGAAGACACCUUGUAUGUCAGAAAUAGAUCUGGAGAGAAGAGCACUGUCCCAGAUGAAUCGUGUUCAGCAGGUUGAGUUGUUACAAGGUUUCAUGGAUCUGAAAACAGAGCUGCAGGAGUUUCUGAAAGGAUUUGCAUCUAGUGGCAGGGUUGUUGCUGAAGAAGACAUCCGUGGGUUUUUCAGCCGAAUGGAAGCAAAAAGACGUGAACGUAAUUUUGUGCCACAGUACUUUUGCAAGUGAUGCAAACGCAGAACGCAGGAGCUAUUCCUCAAACAGCAGAGACUGAAACUUUUUAACUUUUGGGAAAAUUAUGUUUUGAAGUGAAACAUAACUGCUUGAUUUUGUUCCACUAGCAGGAUGCUAAAAUAAAAAUGCCUUAAGUUUUUUGGGGUUUUUUGGUAAAUAUUUUUAUUUUGAAAAAAAUUUACUGAAGAGAAAAGAAAACUGAACAAUUUUAUUACAAAGUAAUUGCAGCCAUGAGGAUGUUAGGACAUUAUUGAACAAGGUGUUCUUUAAUGCCUGUCUGGGUGAAUUAUUUAAAUAGUUUAUUAUUUUAAGAACCAGAAAGUGUUCAGAUAUUUGAUCAGUCUUGCACUUAGAUAUUAAUAAGGAUAGAGGUAACUGGGUAAUAUUGUGUUUCUUAUAGAGUAGCUUGAAUGUGGGUUUUAAAUGUAUCUUUACAAACACACCUUUGUUGGCAGGUUUUAUUUGCAUAAAUUCAAUAAACUAUUUUACAAAGGAA